CAUGGAGGACAUUCGAUGAAAUAUGGAGAUUAAGGAUGUAAUCUCAGUAUCUGUCUGUUUAUGAAGGAAGCACCGUCUUCGAUCUCCUUUUUUCCGAUAAAGCCGAUGUCAGAGAUAAUUAUUCAUUCUUUUUCUUCUUCAUAAGUGUGAUAAUAAGGUUUCCACAAUGCAGAAACCUACCAGUGCUCGCUCGGAGUUUAUCGUAGGAGGGAAAUAUAAAUUGCAGCAGAAAAUAGGUAGUGGAUCAUUUGGUGAUAUCUACAAAGGAUUGAAUAUUACAAAUGGCGAGGAUGUGGCAGUUAAACUUGAAUCUCAAAAAGCAAGACAUCCACAACUGUUGUAUGAGUCUAAGCUUUAUAAGAUAUUACAAGGAGGAAAUGGUAUUCCUAAAUUUAGAUGGUAUGGCCAAGAGAGAGAUUACAAUGUGUUAGUGAUGGACUUGUUAGGACCCAGCCUAGAAGACCUUUUUAAUUUCUGCAAUAGGAAGUUUACAAUGAAAACAGUUCUUAUGUUAGCUGAUCAGAUGAUAGGUCGCAUAGAAUAUUUCCACAACAAGAAUUUCAUUCAUCGAGAUAUUAAGCCAGACAACUUUCUAAUGGGCACAAGCAGAUGCUGUAACAAGCUCUACAUCAUUGACUUUGGUUUGGCAAAGAAGUUCCGGGACAGUAAAACCAAGCAGCAUAUACCAUACAGGGAAGACAAGAAUCUCACAGGCACGGCUAGAUAUGCUAGCAUAAAUGCACACCUUGGAAUUGAGCAAUCACGCCGAGAUGACAUGGAAUCACUAGGAUAUGUAUUAAUGUACUUUGCAAGGAGCAGUCUUCCUUGGCAAGGACUUAAGGCUGCUACAAAGAAACAGAAGUACGAAAGAAUAAGUGAAAAAAAGAUGUCCACACCAGUUGAAGUUCUUUGUAAAGGUUUUCCUGCAGAGUUUGCCAUGUACUUAAACUACUGCAGAGGACUAAAAUUUGAGGAGGCACCAGAUUACAUGUAUCUUCGCCAACUAUACAGAAUUCUGUUCAGGACAUUAAACCACCAGUAUGACUACACAUUUGAUUGGACGCUUCUGAAACAGAAUGUUGGUCAACAAUCUGCUGUUCCAAUGAGUGCAGGGGCUACAGCUCUACCAGGAACAGCCCCACCUCAAACAACCAGUGCAAGACAUAAACAACGCACCCAACAAAGAAGAUAGGUGCACAUCCAUUAAUUUGCAUUUGAAUUUCUAAACUGAAAAAAAAAAAACAUCUUAUUUUAAAAUAAAGGGAAAAAAUGAGAAUGAAAGACUCAGUGAUGAGUAGAUGAAUUAUGUACACAAGCAUGACUAUCUGGAUCCAUGAGUGAUACAGUGUCACUUUUAUUUCACUUUACAAAAAUAAUGCAUACCUUCAUAGCAUGGUGUUAAGUUAACUUCUUUUGUAACUUCUAAAAUUUUCUAGUAGGUACCUGUUCUAUUAUUUAAAGACAACUUUGAAAAACUAGUAGCGGGGCUCCCACACACACAUGGGGCAGAGCCCUAUACCCAUGGAAUAUGGUCAACCUCUUUUCGUUUGGUUGUCACGUGACUGACCGAGCGUACGUACAUAUGUACGUGCCUUCAGGUUGCACUGGUAGGGUAGGGGAGACUAUCAAAAUGAAGGGAGGGGUGUCUCAGGCGAGUCUUGGCAAAUGCACAUCUUUUGUGUUAUCAUUAAUAUUACGAACUUGGGAGCUCUGCUUUUAGGCUUGGCUAAAUCUAUAUAUUAUUGGUAAUGUAUUGAAGUCUUUUUUGUACCCUGUUUAUUUGAACCUACCUUCAACAAAACAAACUGAAGUUGUUUAAGUCUGACUAUGUUUGCUUUACUCCUAAAUUUGACCCAACAGGCUUAAAAUUUUACCAAAUGUUGAACCACAACUAAAGCUGGGGACAUCAAGUAGAACUAAUCUUUGUAUAAUAUUCAUAUUUCCUGAAUUAGCAGAAUUAAUCCAAAAUUUCUGAUCAAACAUGUUUAACUUCUGGAAUUCCACAUGGCAAAGAACUUCUGAUUUGACCACAAAAGUGAUCCCACAGCUAUUUCUAUCAUUGCAGAGACAAAUGUAUUUUAGAAUGAUCUUGUAGUGGUUCGUCAGUUGAGUUUUAACAGCAAUGAAAAAAAUUUUCUAGAUAUUUCCUGUCAUCAAAUUUUGUGCCUAAUUGACUUUUAACUUCUGAAAAUUAAUUCGACUUUUUUAUUAUUUUCUGUUUUGCAUUUGACACUUGUGUUUUCUUGACCUGAGUUUAAGUUAUUAACGUUAAAGUUUAAACUAGGUAACUCUGCUUUUCCAUCAAACCAAUUUUCCUCUAACCAAAAGAGCAAAAACUUCACUUUUUUAUGUUUCUUGGCAAAGAUAUCAAUCAGAAAUAAAAAAAAAUCAACUUCUCUAUGUUGCUUUGAGUUCUGCAGAAUUAAGUUUCCCUUCAUGAGAUUAUUCUUAAAGUCAAUAGUUGAAUGGCGUACAUAUUUUAUCCACAUUUUUCAUUUUUGCUUGUUAGACUAACAACCCUCGUUUCAAAUGAUAAUUAAUACAGUAGCAAUUUAGUUCAUAGUUCAUGUACAGUUAUAGAAAAAUACAAUCAAGUUCUUUGUGACCCAGGGGCAACACAGCCAUAAUAUUUACAUGUGUAACACUAGGCAGGAGCAACAGUUUUAAUUUUGGUUUUAUCAGUAGCUUUGUUUUGGGUGAAACACUGAUUUGAGUGAACGAUCAGAACAUGUCGUCUGAUUGAAUUGUCUCACUUUGUAUUUAUUGUAAAGUUAGUUUUGAGAGUAGUAUGGCUUAGAUAACAGCACAAGUUGAUCAUAAUCGUAAAGGAAGAAGUUUGUAAAAAGUUAUUGACCUUAAAUUAGCUUGAAAAUAUGCAAUGAAACUUAUGAAAUGGUGCUAGAUAUAUGAACAUUGAUCUUAUUUUUUGGUGAAAAUGUAAAACCGCUAGUUUUGUACUUAAACGAGUUGUUUUGUUUAAAGUUUCUUCCAUCUCCGCAUUCAGUUUCAUAAACACCUUGUUCUGUAGUUGGCUUAGUAGAUUUUCAUUGUUUUCCGCCUAUGUAUCACUGUACAUCUUGUUUUUGCCAUUAAUUGACAGUUAGAUUAUUUUAUGAUGCUAAGCUAACGAAGACAGACAUUGUAAAUAUUGCCUUCCACACAAAAAUGAAACGUAACUUGAAGAGUAAAUAAAGUUCCCGUUUUUAA